AUGGAGCAAUCCUUCGAUCUCCCCGACUCAACCGACUGGUUAGACACGCCGCUCUCGCUUCUCGCACCACUAGAGUCCUCUCUCCGUUGUCAAGUCUGUAAAGACUUCUUUGACAACCCGGUAAUCACGUCUUGCAGCCACACGUUCUGCUCACUAUGCAUUCGGCGAUGCCUCAGUACAGAAGGCAAAUGUCCUACGUGUCGGUCUGGCGAUCAAGAGUUGAAGCUGCGCCGUAACUGGCUCGUGCAAGAAAUACUGGAGGCGUUCAAGAACGCGCGGGACAGCACGCUCACCCUUGCGAAGAGGGAGGCAGCGCGAAUCGCUGCUGGAGACAAAGGGAUUCGAGAUCCGGCACCGAAGAAGCGGAAGGUUGGCCAUGUGGAGCAGGAAGAAGAGGUCGAGGUUGCACAUCGCAGUUCACAGCGCGUUCGUACAAGGUCGCAGCAGGUGAACGUAAAUGUCCAGGAACCUGAGGCAGAAAUGCCAGAAGUUAUUGAGGACAGUCAAGAUGAGGAAUACGUACCAGAUGAUGGCCUGGUUGCUUGUCCUAUAUGUGACCGCAGGAUGAAGAUUGAGGCAGUCAAUGCGCAUCUCGAUAGAUGUACUAAAGACGCAAGCCCAGCCCCAGCUCCGCCAAAGCAAUCAGCGUUCAGAUCCCUACAACCUCAAUCACGCCGUCCUCCGAUAUCACCUGCAAAAACACCUGAUAGACUCCCUUCAAUGAACUACUCCCUCUUUAAAGAGGGCCAACUGCGCAAGAAACUUCGAGACCUGGGAAUUCCCGACUGGGGCCCGCGGCAGCUCCUGCAGAGGCGCCACACUGAGUGGAUGAACUUGUGGAAUGCAAACUGCGAUUCCACAACCCCAAAAGGCAAGAAGGAGUUAUUGCGUGAGCUGGACGUCUGGGAACGUGCACAAGGCGGACAUGCGUCGACUUCGUCACCAUUCGUGGCGCACAGUACGGUGAUGGCCAAGGACUUUGAUGCGGCCCAGUGGUCUGCGAAUCACGAAACUGAUUUCAAGCGUCUGAUUGCGAAUGCUCGUAAGAAGAGUGAAGCUCAAGUAAGAUCGACCAUUCCUGGUGCUUCUGAGGGCUCGGGUUCGAGUGCGCGGGUGGAUAAACCUGCUCCGCCUGCGAGUGGGCUUGAUAAUGGUGCUCCAAUCGAGAUUAACUCAAGACCUGCCUGUUCCAAAUGA